UUUCAUCAGAUCAGAGAAAAUAUCGCUCGCGUACGGACCUGCUGAAGGGCGCUUUAGGGAAAGUUUCGUUGGUUAAAAAAAUCGAUAAAAAUGAUCAAAAGUGGCCACUUUUGGUGGCAAAACAGUUGAAAAGUGUACCGCUGAUUUCAGGGACAGUGUGAUUAAUGGAAAAAAGUGUGAAAUUAAUGAAAAAGGUGUGUUUACUGUGCUCGGUUUAAUUUUUUCGCCCAACCCCGUCCGUACACAGAGGCUGGCGAUUCGUGUUGAGCUCCUCCAUUUUGUGCAUGUGUUGUUUUGAGGUUGUCGAUCAUAGCUUGCUCUAUUUUUCCAUUUGUGGGGAUCGAAUGGCUGUUCUUUAUGGUGGAAAUUAAAAAAAUCUACCCAUGAACUAGUGGUAAAAUUGUGUGAAUUGAAUUGUUUCUGUUUUUCGAUUAUGAUUAAAAUUUGCUAGUAAACUGAAAAUUAGCGGAGGUGGAGAUGAUGUAUGGGACGUAGGAUUUGUUCCGGAAUUGUGCGAAGAGAGCAAAAGAGCAAACCGUGAAGAUAAACUAGAAGAACGUGUUGUGUUAAGUGAAGUGUGUAGUUGUGUCUCGAAGAAAAUAGGAGUAUUGCGGGCAAGCUUUGUGAAAAAUUCCGACAGCUAUAGGCAAAAUGUGCGAAGACCCGAAAAUAAAAAUUCAGGUGUUUCGACCGACGUGGGAGGAGUUUAAGAAUUUUCCCAAAUACGUCGAAUACAUCGAGUCACUGGGUGCACACCGGGCAGGCCUGGCAAAGAUCAUCCCACCACCUGAAUGGAAACCCCGCAAGGCCGGCUACGAUCUAGACGGUCUCAACCUGACCAUCCCGGCUCCGAUUUGCCAAGUAGUUGCGGGCAAACAGGGCCUCUACCAGCAGAUCAAUAUUCAAAAGAAUCCACUCACGGUUAAACAGUUUGCAGAACUGGCCAAUACGGAAAGAUAUGCUACUCCGAAACAUUUCGACUAUGAGGACUUGGAGCGCAAAUACUGGAAAAACAUCACCUAUGUGGCUCCCAUUUAUGGCGCCGAUGUCUGUGGCAGUGUUACCGACACUGACUGCAAUAUCUGGAAUAUCAAUCAUCUGGGAACGAUCCUUGACUACGUAAACCAGGACUACGGGAUCUCAAUCGAUGGUGUAAACACGGCAUACCUGUACUUUGGUAUGUGGAAAACCACUUUUGCAUGGCACACCGAAGACAUGGAUCUUUACUCGAUCAACUAUCUCCACUUCGGUGCUCCCAAAACGUGGUACGCCGUACCGCCAGAACACGGCCGUCGGUUGGAAAAGUUGGCCAACAGUUGCUUCCCGGCAAGCUUUCAAACAUGUCCGGCUUAUCUGCGCCACAAGAUGACUUUGAUUAGCCCUCAAAUUCUUAAACAGCAUAACAUCCCCUUCGACAAGAUAACGCAAGAGGAAAACGAAAUUAUGAUCACUUUCCCGUUCGGAUACCAUGCUGGUUUUAAUCACGGAUUUAACUGUGCGGAGUCGACGAAUUUCGCACUCGAACGUUGGAUCGAGUACGGCAAGAGGGCUACUCAAUGCUAUUGCAGUUCGGAUAUGGUCAAAAUUUCGAUGGAUACUUUUGUCCAGCGGUUUCAACCUGAUAAGUACGAAGCAUGGAUGAAUGGAACAGACUUUGGACCACAUCCGGAAGAUCCAACGCACAUUGUUGGACCACCGCCUCGAUUCGCAGAUAACGAUAAGGACGAAGGCAUAGAAUCAUUCACCGAAGAAGGCGAGCGCACGCCAAUGAAAAAGGCCUGUAAUAUGACAGCUAAUAACCUUCGAAAAAUGUCCUUUAAGGAGAAAAACCCGGACCUAGAUUUGAAUGACAUACAGAACAAUCCGCAUAUUCCAGAUGAUGUUAAAAUGGUCCUUAGCGGUGCACUUACGGCCAUAGUGGGGGAUGAUGCGGAUGAUGAUUUUGAAGAAGAACCAAAUAAAUCACCCCACAAAUCGGACUCGACUUCUGACAGCUUUAAGUCCUCCUCUUAUGAUCCAUUCGAUUCCGAUGAGGAUGACGAUGAAGGAGAGUUUAGUUCAAAAAGCAAGAAGCGAAAGAAGAAGAAGAAGCGUGCAGGCAGUGACUUUGACGAUGACUGGGCUUUACCGCAAGGUAGAUCGAGAAAGUCGGCAUCACCGAGAAAAAGGCUGUCCCGAGAGCAGCUUGCCGCAAAAGCUGAAAGAGAAAACAAGCGCAUGGAACGAAGAACAAAAGUAGAAGAAAGACGAAAACAGCGUGAAGAAGAAAAGAUAGCUCGCGAGCAAGAACGUGAACGGAAACGAGAGGAGCAAAAGGAAAAGAAAGAACGCGAGCGGAUGGAGAAGAAGGAGCAACGACUGUCUGACUCGAAGCAGAAAGCAAUGGACCGAAUAAAGGAUCGCAUGAUUAAGGAAAAGCGAUCGCCCAAGAAGUUGACCAACGGAACCUCACCUGCGAUGAAAAAGAUCAAGAACCAGUUAAUGAAGGAACUUCCACCACCGCUGAAAAUUCUGGAGCAUCACAAAAAGUUUGAAGAUUUAGCCGAGUCUGCCCCAAAGCCCUGUUUGGACGACGAGAGAGAAUCUGACCACUCAAAAUCUAACCACACACAAUCUGCCGACGGUAAUGUUGCUGAUGCCGGUGACAGUAACUCAAAAUCGCUUCAUAAACGAGUUAUAUUUACCUCGGAACAGCUACUGGGGCUCGAACGGCUGUUUAAGGACAAAAAAUACUUUGGUCUUGCAGAACGAGGUCAGAUCGCUACUAUUUUAAAGUUGAGUGAAGCGCAGGUGAAAAUCUGGUUCCAGAACCGACGGGCCAAAUGGAAAAGAGUGCAGGCUGGUCUUCCUCCUCGCGGAGCAUCCAAUCGGGGGAGUGGCAAAACGGCGACUAGCUCAAAUUUGGAUAUUGGCGAGUCCAAGCCUCCCGCAGGGCCUUGCUCGAACGACGAGAGAGAAUCUGGUCAAUCUAUUGACGGAAAAGGAACUGAUGCUGGUGACGGUAGCUUAAAAUCGCUUCGGGGACGAACUUCCUUUACCUCGGAACAGCUGUUGGGGCUGAAACGAGAAUUUGAUGUUAGACAAUACGUUCACAAGGCGGAACGAAGGAAGAUCGCCGCUAGUUUAAAGUUGAAAGAAGAGCAGGUGAGAGUCUGGUUCCAGAACCGACGAUCCAAACGAAAAAUAGUGAAGCCUGUUCUCAACCCACACGGAUUAGUUAACCAGGAGACUGGCAGUAUCACGACCAGCUCAAAAAUAGAAGAUUCUUAUACCCCUACACAUGCAUCAAUUAGCGAUUUGAUCUCAGCACUAACAAAUGGAGAAGUUAUAGCUGGUUGUACUGAAGGCAGAACUGUUGAAAAUCCUCGGAAUGGAGAAGACGAACCUGGUUGUAGUGAAGGCAGAACUGCGGUAAAAUCUGAGUAUGGAGGAAGCGAACCUGUUUUUACUGAAAGCAAAACUGCGGAAAACCCUGCGUAUGGAGAAGAUGGUCCUGAUUGUACUGAAAGCAGAACUGCGGAAAAGUCUGGAUAUGGCGAAGACAAAUCAGGUUGUACUGAAAGCAAAACUGCAGAAAACCCUGGGAAUGGAGAAGAUGAACCUGGUUAUACUGAAAGCAAACCAGCGGAAUACCCUGCGUAUGGCGAAGAUGAUCCUGGUUGUACUGAAAGCAGAACUACGGAAAAGUCUGGAUAUGAAAAAGACGAACCAGGUUGUACUGAAAGUAAAACUGCGGAAAACCCUGGGAAUGGAGAAGACGAACCAGGUUGUACUGAAAGCAAAACUUUGGAAACCCCUGCGUAUGGAGAAGAUGAUUCAGGUUGUACUGAAAGCAGAUCAGCGGCAAACGCUGGGGGUGGAGAAGAUGAACCUGGUUGUACUGAACGCAGUACUGCUGAAGGACACCAGUAGGGAGGUUAGCAAUUUCAAGGUAUUCGGACUGAACAAACUAGAACAUAAAUCGCCCGGUAUAUUUUUGAGGUUAGAGUUAAUUAGCGAAAUGUGUACGGAUGUGAAUACUGUAGCGAUUGAGGCGUUUAGGUUCAUAAUUUUAUAAUUUUUCAAAACAACGUAACCGAUUAUUUCUUGUGUAAAUUAAGGCCAAUCAGUAUAAGAGAGCGGUGAUUUAUUAUCAAAUCAUUUUAAAGUAUUGUAAAAAGUAAAAUUGAAAGGUGUUUUUUUUGAGAUUAGCGAUAAUCAACGGAAUGUGUCCCGAUGUGAGUGUUGUAGCGAUUGUGGCGAUUAAGGUUUAUUAACCUAUAAUUUUUCAAGAAAACGUGAUCUUUUUUUUUGUAAAUUAAGGCCAAACAGUAUAAGCGAGCAGUGAUUUAUUAUCAAAUCAUUUUAAAGUAUUCGAAUGAAACAUUGCACGAUGAUGACAUCACAGGAAAUAAUGACAGUUCAGCGAGCUUGUUACCAUUUAAAAGCGAUAUGAACGAUUUCCUCACACUGGUCAGAUGAAAAAAAAAUUCUAAGUCUGUGUAAAAAAGCUCUUUGAACUGUUAAAAAGUGACGAUUUUCAAAUAUAUAAUGUAGACAGAGAGAUGGGGAAGCCAUACUUCUAACCGAAUUGUAUUCGUAUUAAACAUCAAGCACUUGUGUAAAUGUAUCAUCACAAAUUUUAGUGAGCAAGUAGGCGACGUGGAUUACACUGUAAUAAAGCAUAUUCAAUUCUAAAA